CGGCCCAUCAAAAUCGAAAGUGCAGUCAGUGCGUCCGCGACUCGCAACCGCUCCACACGCGCGAAAAUGCCAACAUAGCCAUCGAACCGAACCGCCACGAAAAUGCUCGAAUUCCGCGUCCUCCUCGCGCUGCUCUGCCUCGAGGGCGCCUUCUGCGUCAAGUACGCGUACAACUCGUCCGACCUCUCCUACCUCUCCAACGGUAUUCAAUUCCCAGUGCCGGAUUCAGAGUUGCAUAACCCCGUUGUAGAGGAGGUUUUUCAGGGGAAUGUGUCCGAAGUUCGGUGGUUGGUCGACUUGUUCGACCACCUCAAGUGGCCCAGGAUGAUGAAGAACUGGAAUGGGACGCGGUGCCGACGAGACGUCGAGACCUACAUUCAGAGUCUGCAGAACGGGACUUCCUGGGCGGCCAAAAUGUACGACGCAUCCGGACGGUACUCCGGGCAGUUCUUCUUCGGGAACGACUACUGGCUAGGAUCCAGCAGCUUAUGUAACGAACUGACCAACGAAGAGACCAACACCGAGGUACCACCGUUCCCCAUCACCUUCCUGGUGGCCAAAGUCCGCAUCAACAUCAACGGGAAGCUCACGCCCGUGACCAGACAGCUGAAUGUCGGAGAGUGCUUGCCGGCCUCGUGCAGCCCAUCGGACGUCCGGGUACUCCUGGCCACGGAGCGCAAAUCCGGGAGUAGUUUGAGCGUCGUAGGGAUCAGGAAAGUACCAGGGGACUAUGACGUGUUACAAGACCCCAAAUUCCAGAUUGUUGGAGGCGUCUGUCUGGCUACUGCCGUCCUCGUCCUAAUCGCCUCAAUCGUCGAACACCUCACCCUCAAAAAAAACGACAAAACCGACGCCGAAAUCGCUAAUAACAACAACAACAACAACGACGACGAAAAAGGUGCCAAAAAAGACACCAAAAAACCUCAGCAGUCGUUGCUUUUGCGCCUUCUCCUCAGCUUCUCGGCCAUCACCAACGGCGAAAAAAUCUUCAACGUGGAAAGCGUCUCCGAAGGCUCUAUCCAGUGCAUCCACGGCCUCCGCUUCUUCUCCAUAGCCUGGAUCAUCAUGGUACACACGUACCUCGAGGUCUUCUCCAUAGGCGAAAACAAAAACAUGCGAAUCGUCACGGAACGUACCUUCUUGUACCAGACGAUCUCCAACGCCACCUUCUCCGUGGACACGUUUUUCUUCAUCAGCGGUCUUCUCGUUACAAUCACCUAUUUUCGCUCCUCGGCAAAGAAAACCCCCAAAGACGAAACCACGUGCCAGGCUGUCAAAUCCAACGUCGGCCAGUUCUUCGUCCUAGUCAUCUAUAGGUUCUUCCGACUCACUCCGGCGUAUCUCUUCGUUCUGGGAGUCAACGAGGUGAUUUUGAGGUUCCUCCACAGCUACUCGGUCUUCACUCCGGCUAUCAUUGACCACAUCACCUGCAGCAGCUUCUGGUGGAGGAAUGCUCUCUACAUCAACAACUUCUACCCCCAGACGGAGUUCUGCAUGCUGUGGUCGUGGUACAUCGCCAACGACACCCAGUUCUACCUAAUCGCAUCGAUACUCCUUCUGAUAGCCGUGAGAGGCAACAAACACCUAAAGUUCGCCGCGGUGGCGCUGGGGGUCUUCAUGGUGGCCUCCUGGGUACUGACUUUCAUCAUCGCCAUGAAGUACGAGUACACGAUAAGGGUGGAAGAGCCCUUCGCCCUGUUCGACCAACUGUAUGACAAGCCCUGGAUGAGGAUAGGGCCGUACUUCGUGGGCAUGAUUGCCGGGUACUUCCUCUUCAAGGUGAACUGUCAGGUCAAGUUGGCGGCGGUGUGGGUCGUCGUAGGGUGGAUUUUGUCCCUAGGGUGUCUGUUCAGUCUGGUGUACGGAGUGGGACGGCAGGGAUUGGUGGUUCCGACUUCAGCGUUUUACGCUUCCUUGGGCCACACGGCUUGGGGAGUAGCCCUGGCCUGGAUCACUGUGGCUUGCUGUUCGGGCUAUGGGGGCCCCCUCGGCGCCCUCUUCAAAUUCAAGCUAUUCCUGCCCCUCAGUAGGCUAACUUAUUGCGCUUACUUGGUCCACCCGGUACUCAUGUGCUUGUCGAGCUUCAUCCUGGAUGGGUCCCUACAUUUGCACCAAUUGUUCAUGAUCGUGAUAUAUUGUGGCAAUUUAAUAUUCUCCUUCAUCUCCGCCUUCGCAAUUUCGCUAUUAUUCGAAGCCCCCGUUGUGAAUUUGCUCAAAAUUAUAUUUUAUUAAGUGUGUUAGGUGUAUAUUUGUACAAAUAAAUAUUUUAAGUGUGA